AUGGAUGAUUUUUUAACAAAAUCCAAAAAGUUUUUUAGCGACGUUAAUCAAUUAAAAAGCUAUUCAGCUAGUUUUGAACAUCUGGGAUCACAAAAAAAUAGUGGUAUUUUAGAUAAAAAAACUGAAAAAAUGCUUAAUAAUCAAAUGGAAGCCAUUAAUAAUAAAUUUCGAAAGCUUUCCAAUGAACUAAAAGAUCGUUUACAAGAAGCUACAAGCGAAAUUUCUGAUAGCCAAAGCAAUGAGAACUUUAUGUACAAAACAAAAAAAAUUCAUGUUCAUUCGCAAACUAAAGCAUUAACAAGUGCGAUUAAUGAAUAUAGAGAUGCACAGUAUCAAUAUAAAAAAGAAGAGGAAGAAAAAUUUAAGCUUCAGUUUUUUAUUGCGAGACCUGAUGCAAAUGAAGACGAAAUAAGUGAGUGUAUCAAUGAAGACAGAGGGGAGUCUAUUUUAGCAUCAGCCUUUGCAUUAGGAAGUAAUUCAGCAAAAGGAAUAUUAGAUGAAGCAAAAGACAGAAAAACUAAUAUACAGAAAAUUGCCACUAUGAUACAAGAACUUAUAGAAAUGCUUAAAAUUUUAAAUGAUGCCAUAUAUCAACAACAUGAUGUUGUAGAUAAUAUUGAACAGGAUAUAACAACUGCACAUGAAAAUACAGCAGCAGCAAAUAUAGACUUAGAAGCUGCACUUGAUUAUCAAAUUCGUGCGUCUAGACUUAAAAAAAUUCUUAUAGGUAUUGUUGUAACAAUAGUUGUAAUUAUUGUAAUAUUUGUAGUUAUAAAAAUAGCCUUUUUUUCAGACUAUUCGCCAUAUGGAAAGCAUCAAUAUAAUGUGAUAUUUUAA